AUGUUACCAAUCUACUCCGUGGUGAGCCAUCGUGUUGUGAGAUGUGACAGGGUUGAGGAGGUGGCAGCUGUGUGUGGCCAGGGACUAAUCAGCAGGAACAGCUGCUGUCUGAUUGCAGCAGGCAACACUGCUAUACAGACUAUACAGGCCUGGAGAGGACACAAGUCACCUCUGCUCAUAAGUGAGAAAACAAUGACUUCCCACACAAAACGAAAAGACAAGGUUGGAAUAGUGGAUUACGACACGCAAAUCAAAGAGGUGCGAUGCCAGCUUGUAGACCAGCUCAAAGUAUUGGACCUGCAGCUCGAACAGAAGUGCCAACAACUUCAGGACCUCACAGAUUAUCUAAGAAGAAGAGGAGAGAUUGAAAGUGAAUAUGCCAGAUCACUUGACAAACUCGCAGAGAGAUUCAUUUCAAGGAUCAGAAGAAAAGACCCUGGCAUUCAUUCAGUGAGCAAAAGCUGGGUUGCUCUUCUGUCACAAACUCGACAAGAAAGUAAAGACCACAGCACUCUGAGUGAGACCUGCAGCACUUUCAUUAUUCAGCCCCUCGGCCACUGCCUGGAGUACACACAGCGUCUUGCUAAAAAGAGUCGUGACAUUUGCACAAACUUGCAAGAUGGCCUCCUCAAAGUCACCACUGAGAUGCAAACCGCCUGGCGGACAUAUUACCAAUACUACUCUGACUAUGUGAGCGCAGAGGGGAAGCUAAAAGAGGCAGAGAAACAAGAGAAACACAAGACUGGUGGAAAAAAACUGGAGCGCUUGAUAGAAAAAAGGCAAAUCAAGGUAAACGAUAUCUACUUGAAGUGCAGUAAGGCCAGAAAUGAUUACCUUCUGAACCUUUCUGCAGCCAACGGCUCCAUGAAUAAGUACUAUCUCCAGGACAUCUCUACUCUUAUAGACUGCGCAGACACAGGGUACCAUCUUACUCUGAGCAGGGUGAUGCAAGCCUUCCUCUCCAGUCAGAGAAGAGCCCAACAGAACCUCACGACAGGACUCCAGCAGAUUCAAGGAGCUGUGUCUGACCUGGACCAGUGCCACGACCGGGACGCCCUCCUCAAAGACCACUACAACGUCUUUUCUUUGCCCCUGCGCUUCACCUAUCAGCCCCAUGAUGGAGACCAGGUGACAGAAGUGAGUGCAGAGAGUGAGAUGAUCUGUGAGCUCGACACCAGGUUCAAACAGAUCCAGACCAGGCUAAAAGCAGUGACUGACGAGACAGAGGAGGCCAGUAAAAGUGUGAGUGCGGCCAAGUCGGUGCUGAUAGACUGUAUGUGUGAGGAUGAGCUGGAGCUCAGUGCUGGGACCCAGGAGAAUAGCUCAGAGAGUGUUUCAGUACGACCCAGUGUGGCCCGUCGUAAAGCUAACCUACAGGAGCUGGAGACCCUCUACUUCAUGAGAGUGAAAGACUUCCUUGUGAACAGUUCCCUUGUAUCUAAACUGCAAGCCAAACAUGACUUGCUAAAAGUGGCCUUGGAUAAAGCUGAAGCCACAAACGGACAUCCACCGAGACACAAAUCCUUUCGUGUAAGGAAGAAUCUUUCCAGUACAAAUCUGAUGCAUGAUCAGAAACUUUUUAAUGGAGACAUGCUGUCUUUCAUAAAGGCAUCUGGGCAACAGAUACCAGUAGUUGUUGAAAGCUGCAUUCGCUUUAUCAAUCUGAAUGGCCUUCACCAUGAGGGAAUAUUUCGGGUCCCUGGUUCCCAAAUGGAAGUAAACAGCCUGAGGGAUGCAUUUGAGAAUGGAGAAGACCCUCUGACUGAGCAGAGAUACAACUUGGACUCAGUGGCUGGAGUUCUGAAGCUGUACUUUCGAAGUCUGAAGAAUCCACUGUUCCCUGUUGAUAGUACAGGCCAACUACUGGAGUACGCCCAAAUAAAGAACGACACUGAAAGAGCAGCUCAGUUUAAAACUGUUGUUGUCUCUUACCCAGAGCCCAUCAUUGUUGUCAUGAGAUACCUUUUUGCAUUCCUUCAUCAUGUGUCGCAGUACAGUGACGAGAACAUGAUGCAGCCGUACAAUCUGGCCGUGUGUUUUGGCCCGAGUCUCGUGCGUGGAGCCAGCGAGGAGGACGUGGUCACGCUGCAGCCCCAGAUCAACGACCUUGUGAAGAGCAUCAUCCUCCAGCAUGAGCCCAUCUUCCCCAGUCAAGACCAAGUCCCAGGACCCAUGUAUGAGAAAUGCAUGACUGAAGAGGAUGGGUGUGAACCUGUUCCGGAAGAGGAGGGAGAAGUGGCAGAAAUAUCACCAGAUCACGAUGUUGGUCUCUCAGUUGAGGAGCGUUAUUCUUUGUCAAUUCAGAAAAAGGCUGAGAGACCAAGAGCCAACAGCUUUGCCGCUUCUGAGCAGAGCAAGUGGGCCACAGAGUCGACAGGGGGCAUCAUCGCUUUAAGUGAAAAAUUACUUCAAAUUCCAGUAGGACCUCAGUGCAAAACAAAACUGGUCCAGUCUCCGCGCUAUGUACGCAGAGGGGUGCAUGAAAGCCAAUCCAGUGAGGAUAUCGUACAGAUAGACGAGGAAGUUUGUCGCCAGAUGGACUCUGUCUUCAAGGAGCUUCUUACUCGACAAGCCUCACAGGAUCAACCCCUGACCACCUCCACUCCUUCUGCCCUCCAAAAGAAAGGGAGGCGAGACGUGCGUAGGGGAAGAGGAGUGAGCUUCUUUAAGUCUGCUGACCCUCUGCAGUGA